UUUGUAUUUGGUUUAAAAUGUACACAUAUUUGAAGAUUUCAAUAUACGUGUUGUCAAUUAUAAGCUCAUUGUUUAUCAAAUCUUUUCAUUCAGCAAUUAGUUGUAGGGAUCGAAGUGUCCAUUUAAGGUUAGAUGGUGGUCUAUGUUUCGAAAUCCCACCAUGGCAAUACUUACCAGUGGAAAUGGAUCACCAUAUAGCUAAAGUGAAGGAGGUUUGGGGCAACCUGUCAUCUGUUAGAGAUACAAGAAGAUUCAGUUUAAGUAUUACUAAUAGUAAAAUAAGUCAAUACGUGGAUACAGUGAUUGGUCCGUUCUUGGAUACAUAUCACAAAAACAUUCAAACUUCGUACCAACAGAUGACCAAUAAAAUACUACGGAAAACAAAAGACGAAAUUAACGCAGCUAUACGAAUAAAACAGAGAGUUUACGAAGAUUUGAUUAAAAUUGCAGAUCGAUUGGCUGUACCGGCAAUGUGUGAUGAGGAACGUCGUUACGCGCGCACCAUCGCAAGCCGUCAUGUGGCACAGAUCUACAAAUGUACAGAGGAGGCGAGAAACUCUAUCACAAAGAUGGGCAAAUAUGCCGAGGAAAUGAUAACAAUCACACGCAACCAUAUGCAAGCUGCAUUAGCUAAUGCUACCAGCAAAUUCGACGCUAACAAACAAUAUGAAAGAGAAAGUAAUAAAAUAAAUCAUAGCGCUUGUUUGAAAGAGCUGUCGAAGGCGGCGGUGUCUCUAGGGUACGAGUUAGAUCUCAGUUUGACGAAUGCACGUCGCUACAACGAACAGUCCUGUGAGAGAUUCACUGUCUGCUGCACCAGAGCUCGUAAAGAUACAGAGGAAUCUACUGCCGCGUUGAAAGAUCAUCUAUAUCAAUGUGUAUACGCUUAAAUAUAUCUUUAGUACGGACAAAUAGGUCACCUAAUGUUAGUUGAUUAGUGGAACUACAAAAGUGUUGCGGUGUAAGAGCUAGGUGAUACCGCAACUAAAAA